CCUUGUGAAACACAUCAACUUAUGAUUCCGAAGAACUCUUCUGGCUAAGCAAGGAUAGAUUGAAGAAACAAUGGUUAUACGGAGGGCGGCCGGUUCGCUGAUAAUCUCCGCAUUUUGGCUGCUUUCACUCUACUCCAGGUCACACUUUGCUGAUGGGCACAUAGACGAUGCUUUCUACCUCACACGCCCAGAAAGAGUGGAUGGCAGAAGGGAAAAGAGAGAUCUUUCGACCUUUGAAAAGGGAGGUCACGUGGAUACUGCCUCUUAUCGCUUGACUGCUUUUGACAAGGACUGGACCCUGGAUGUAAAACGAAAUAAGGAACUUAUUUCUCCAUCUUUUGCUGUUCGUACAUUUGCAAAUGAUGGGUCGGAAAUUAUUCAAGAGGGCGUAGCUGAUCAUUGUCAUUAUCAGGGCUCCAUCUGGGGUUUAAAGGAUUCUUAUGUUGUCCUUAACACUUGUUCCGGACUGAGAGGAAUAAUAGAUGAUGGCCGUGAGACAUUUUACAUCAAACCUGAGAUUGGAAAAGAAGAGCAUGGAAUUCACAGAGUUAGCAAAGCCAAAGAAGACGAAUUUAAAGACAUUGUCGAUAAGUGCGGAAACAAGGAAACACAGGCAGACUCUCGUUCUACGAACGAAAAUUUAGGCCCCUUCUCACGGAUAAGACGAAGCAUAUCGGGUGACAUCGAUGAAUUCUACAAACCAUUUCUGACAACAGAUGAGACACGAUACAAUGAGCUCGCGAUUUGUGUGGAUUUUGAAAUGUACAACAAUCAUAACAAUGAUACCAAAGCUAUCACAGACCGAGUUAUUACUUUAGUAAAUGCUGUUGAUGCGAUUUAUCAGCGAAUAAAUAUCAGAAUAGUCUUAAAGGCGUUGGAAAUCUGGACGAAUGGUGAUCCUUAUAAGCGAGGGAAUGACCGAGACCCAGAGUUAGUUAAUUUCAGGAAUUAUCGCAACGAGAAAUUGGUGAAAAAAAUUCCUCACGACAAUGCACAAUUACUAAGUAACAGAGGUUGGAAGGGAGGAACUGUUGGUUAUGCAUGGGUCAACUCAAUGUGUGGAGGAAAUUCAAAUGGAAUAAAUUACUGGUCUUACAGCAGUAUCAUUGGUCCUUAUGUGACUGUUGCCCAUGAAAUGGGUCAUAACUUUGGAUUCGCUCAUGACACAGGGACCUGCAAGUGCUUAACUCCGCGAGGCUGUAUCAUGGGAGGUCACAAGACCAGACUUCCAGGAUUUUCAAAUUGCAGUUUAACGUCGCUGCAAAGGGUUAACGAUGCUUGCUUGUACAACGUGCCAACUUACAAGGCUGUCAACGGUUACUGUGGAAACGGCAUACGCGAAGAAGGAGAGGAAUGUGACUGCGGUACUCCAGCGAUGUGUGAGGCCCGUGAUCCUUGCUGUGAACCCCACAAUUGUGUUCUCAAAGAGGAGUCACAGUGCAGUGACCUACAUCAUUCUUGCUGCAAAAACUGCCUGUUUAAGAAACAAGGAAAAUUAUGUCGCGCAGUCCAAUCAGAUUGUGACGUUCCAGAGUACUGCACUGGUGAUUCAAGAGACUGUCCAGAGGAUUCUUACAUCAUCGAUGGAUAUCCUUGCGACCAGACUAAAACAGUAAUUCAGGGAAACACCAACUUCUACAGUAUUAAGACAAGAGACUUGAACCCAAAAGUCAUUGCUCGAUAUCUUCGUAUCAAUCCUCAAUACUGGAAAGGCUGGCCUUGUCUGAGAACUGAUUUCAUGGGAUGUUCUAAAGAUGAAGCAAGUCCAACAGAGCCGACACCACUGAGGUCUUAUUACUUAAACCUUUGCCUCACUCCGAGAAGCAAGGAUUGCACACCAGAUGACAACGAUCUCUUAGAACAUGCAUCAGGUGAUCUUUGCUUAGAAAGUCAUUUUCAAUUUACCCUUGGAGCAGACGGGGUGUUGCGCCACACUUGCAGUGGGAAAAUGGUUUGUCCUGAAAAUGGCGGUACACGUAAUGGUGUUAGGAUUGUUGUCAGUAGUACCUGUACACUUGAAGACUCCAAAUUUGAAAGAACUUCAGGGCGAUCUCUUAAGCACGUUAAGUCUGGAAAAUGCCUGCACACUUCUGGUGGGUGGCCUGGAGCGGGUAGAUACAUGGUGUUAUAUUUUGGAUGCGACGAGGGAAGGCUCGAACUGUGGUUUGGAAAACAAGAUUGUGUAGAGCCACUCGGAAUGCAGAACGGAGAGAUCAAAGACAGCCAGAUCACUGCUUCCUCCGCCGGAAAGAAUGAACCUGCUUAUAAUGCAAGGCUCAAUUUAGGGGGAAAAAGUUGGUGUGCUGCAGAGAAGAGUAAAAGCGAGUAUUUACAAGUUGAUCUUGGAGAGAUCAAAACUGUCAGCAAAGUCCUCAUACAGGGAAAAGGGACCUGGAGGCACUGGGUGACUGGCUUCUUCUUACACUACAGUGAUGAUGGUCAGCGGUGGGCAAGUUAUUCUGAGAGUGGGGACAAACAGCACUCUAAUUCCCACUGUUAUCUUGGCAAGUGCAGCGAAAUUCUUGAAACUCAGUGCAAGGACUUAUGGGGAGCUACCGCCCAAAGCGCUGAUCAAGGAUGCUACGAAAAACUGAACACUGAGGCCGCUGGAUACGGUACAUGUGAUCCAGCAACCAAUUCAUCAUGCGCUGCAAGUGACGUCUUAUGCGGCCAACUACAGUGUGAGGACAGCAAAACCAAACCAGUUGUUGACUAUGGAGGGUCAUAUACCAAAAUACGUUUGGAUGACGGGAAUAAAUGCAGUGCUGCAGUCUUGAAGUUAGAUGACGAAAUCGGUCAAGGAAUGGUUAGGGAAGGAACAAAAUGUGGAAUCAAUAAGAUGUGCAUCGAUUACAAGUGCCAGUCAUUUGAUGAUCUCGGUAUCAGUGUCAGCUGUCCGUCGGUCAACAACGAGGAGUGCGCAGGAAGAGGGAUCUGUACUAACAAAAAGGAAUGCCAUUGUGAGGGAGGAUUUGAUCACAGAGACAGUUGUAACUCAGAACUUAUACCUCGUGAUGGAGCCUGGGGUGACUGGUCCUCAUGGACUGAGUGUGAUAAGGGCUGUGAUGGUGGAAAGAGAAGAAGACAUCGGUUCUGCAACAAUCCCUUUCCCCUACAUGGAGGAGCUGACUGCCCAGGAGAACGACACGAAAAGGAGGGCUGCAACACAGAGAGUUGUCCUGUGGUAAUUUCAUGCCAUCACUUACAGCAAGUUGGGAAAGAACAGAAUCAUGACUAUCCUGAUGGUGUCUACAAGAUUUACCCCGCAGGCCCUCAGCCAAUCAUGGCAUACUGUGAUAUGUCACGUGAUGGUGGGGGAUGGACACUAUUGGUCACUAGUCACACCAACGGCUGGACGGCAGAAAAUGUGAGGUUAAAAAACUCGAACUCUCCAAAGCUUACUAAUGAUUAUUCCAUCCUGCAGUAUGCAGACAGUAUUAAGGAUAACAUCAACGUGGCUGGAUCCAAGUUUGAGUAUCGACUAGAGGCGCAAAGUCCAGACCGUUGGGGAGGUGUAUGGAAGGCUCCAAGAGGUUACACUUUCACCGCUGAGGACAACAAACAAACAAGAGUUGAGCUUCUCAAGAAAUUUGACAAUUGGAAAUAUGCAAACAGUGGUAUUGAACGAAGAAUGCCAUGGAUUUCCGGAGCAAGGUUAACAACCUCAGAAGAUGCUUUUUACAAAUGGGAAGGAACAAUAACAGGUGAUGAUAAAGGUUAUCAUCCCGCUCCUUGGAUCAAAGGUCACCUAAUGGAGCAUCAGCCAUCAUAUAUCUGGUACUGGAUGAGAGAAGGACCUUACAAAGUUCCUAGUUCUUGCAAAGAAGUAUACUUCAGGGGGCUUUUGUCAAAGUCAGUGUCAGAUGGCGUAUUCUCAAUCAAACCUCCUGGACAGCAUAAAGUCAAAACGCUCUGUGAUUUCACAAGCGAAGGAGGACCCUGGACACUACUUGUGACAAGUAAGAACCACCGGGGGUGGGACGAAGACAACAUCAAAGAAAGAAACUCAGACAAACCUUCCUUACAAGACGACUAUUCCAUACUGGGGCUUGCAGACGCCAUAAAGGACUCUGACAAAGCUCAGGAAUUAUUUCAAUACAGAAUUGAGGCCGAUGACAAAAGCAGCUGGGGAGGGAUAUGGGAAGCACCACGUGACUACACAUUCCUAGCUACCAGCGACGAACAAACCAACGUGAGAAUUGUAAAGAAGUUUGACUCUUGGGAUGAGAAGAGCAACUUAGGAAAGCGCAUGCCCAGACUGGGAUUAUCUAGCGAUCUGUUAUUAACCAGUGCAUCAACUGUGGAUGAACCUUCAGGGUCCUUGGUGUAUAACAGUAGCGCCAGCUCCGCCUCGUAUCUACAGCAAGAGAAGCCAAACCCGCGUGUCGUGAGAUACUGGAUGAGAGAAGGAGCGAGGCUGUCUUGCAAUGACCACAAAAUACAUGGAGUGAGAGCUGGUAUCAAGUACGAAGAGGAUAGUUUCCAGCUGAUUAAAGUCAGUGAUACCCAGUAUCUCCCGGUUUACUGCGAUAUGACAACAGCUAAAGGAGCUUUCACUCUUAUUGUAACGAGUGCUCACAACAAUUGGACCCGGGAACAGGUCCCUCGCAGAAAUGAACUACAUCCAGGGUUGAACCGAGACUACUCAAUUUUAGACUUAGCAGAUGGUAUUAAAGACCUCAGUAGUAAUGGAACAUUCCAGUACAUGUUGGACGCUAAUACUCGGCGUCAUUGGGGAGGGAUUUUUCAAGCUCCUACUUCCUACAGCUUCAUGGCCUCGGAUAAUAUACAAACCAAGGUCAAUUUAACGAGGAAAUUUGACGAUUGGAAGUUUUCUUGGUGGAAUUCGUUAAACAAGAGAAUGCCGUGGUUUGACGCCAAAGGAACUGAGAACAAGGCUCUGCUGACCACAUCCAGUAGCACGACCUAUUACCCUUCGGGUUCGAUCAUUUGGGGGGGCCUGGACCGGUAUCCGUCCGAUUGGAUUUCGGCUAAGGGGAUGCGAAAUCCUGGGGUGAUCUGGUACUGGUUAAACGAGGACGACUGUGACAAGGAUAGAAAACCAGUUGAUGGCGGAUUAACUGAGUGGGAAAAAUGGAAGAGAUGCGACAAGUUGUGUCAAAAGCAAAGAAGGUUCAGAACAUGCACAAACCCCAGUCCGCAAUGUGGAGGAAAGCGAUGUGAUCCUCGUAUCGCUACCAAGGAGGAAAGGAAAUGCAUGCAUUGUCCUGAAAGUGGAAUUCGAAUGUACUAUAAUUACUGUGUGGCCCCAAAUAAAGGAGGCUGUUCUCCUCCUGAUGGCGCUUACCUCAUUGCAACCAAAAAAGAAGGCACUUCAUGUAAUGCGAUUGAUCAGAUUUUCAUUCUGGACGAGGACGGAGUUAUCCAUCACAAGUGCAGCAAGAAAGUCGUCUGUCCUGAGGGCAAUAACCCUACUUAUGGCAGAAAACUUAUGUUGAAGGACAAAUGUGAUCUGGACAUUUCCAAGCACGAGAGGGUGUCGCCCAAUAAUGCAAUGAAGAAUUUGAAAAACAACUUUUGCAUUCAUCCCAAAGGUGGUUGGCCAAAGGAAGGUGUCUACCUCGUUUACUACAAGGGAUGUGGUGGCGAUCGGUUGAGGUUCAACUUCUUUGAUCUCGAUUCUUCAAUCGCUUGAUGCUGGGAGAAAGACAGCAAAACGCCUCCGCUUGGUGAUGGGAUUAGUUGAUAAAAAAAACAUCGAAGGCGAAACAAAUAAAAUACUG